GCAGUGAAGCUCCCACAGCCCUGCCCCAGCUCACAACACAGCCGCUGUUUUGCACAGGCAAAACCAGGCAGCCAAGAGAAAAGUAAUAGAGAAAGCGAAGGGAUCAGCCCUGCAUGGAGGAUUUCUUUCCCAGAGACAGAGAAGGAGGCAUCACCACCGCAGUAUCAUACCACUUAAAAACCUUUCAGUGGUCAAGAGGAGAGAUGUGAGAUCAGACAGACAGAAAGCUUGUAUCUGGAGUGCAUGUUGCUGCCCAAGUGAUUCAUGCAGCUUGCUUGAGGACAGUCCUCUCGGCAGAGGACCUCUUCUGUCAUUGGCUAAACAAGUUCUUUUGGUGGCAGCAGCUAUUUUCCACCUGGUGGAUGUCAGGAAAAAUUCUCAGUGUUUGUCAGAGUUCGAUACCUUGUUUAGAAUCUGUUGUGAGUAAGGGGGCUUUUGAUUCUGCUUAGAGUCUAUUGCCUUCAGGAAAUGGCCUCUUCUAAAUCGCUAAUGAACCUUCUAACCUUCGCUUUCGGAUCAGCAAUAGGAUUUUUUCUAUGCUAUCUUCUGUUCAGCAUGAUUCUAGAAGAACAGGUUAAGAUCCAACCUCAUAUUCUUCACAAUGAUCCGCAUGAUCAACACUCAGCAGAUACUGGUGGUAAUCAACUACAAGGACAAAUGAAUUUCAAUGCAGACUCUGGACAACAUAAAGACGAGAAUAAAAAUAUUGCUGAAGGACUGUAUCAGAAGGUGAAAAUACUUUGUUGGGUGAUGACUGGACCUCAAAAUCUAGAAAAGAAAGCCAAACAUGUUAAGGCCACUUGGGCCCAGCGUUGUAAUAAAAUACUUUUUAUGAGCUCUGAGGAAAAUAAAGACUUUCCAACUGUGGGCUUGGAAACCAAAGAAGGCAGGGACCAACUGUACUGGAAGACUAUUAAAGCUUUCCAAUAUGUUUAUGACCAUUAUUUUGAUGAUGCUGAUUGGUUUAUGAAAGCAGAUGAUGAUACAUAUGUUAUACUGGACAAUUUGAGAUGGCUUCUUUCAAAAUACAGUCCUGAGCAACCCGUAUACUUUGGAAGAAGAUUUAAACCUUAUGUGAAACAAGGCUACAUGAGUGGAGGAGCAGGAUACGUUCUAAGCAAAGAAGCUCUGAAGAGAUUUGUUACAGCAUUUAAAACCAACAAGUGCUCUCACAGUUCUUCUAUUGAAGACCUAGCACUAGGAAAAUGCAUGGAGAUUAUUAAUGUGGAAGCAGGAGAUUCUAGGGAUACAAGUGGUAGAGAAACUUUUCAUCCCUUCGUUCCAGAACAUCUCUUAAUCAGAGGAUACCUACCAAAAACGUUCUGGUACUGGAAUUAUAAUUAUUAUCCUGCUAUAGAGGGUCCUGGAUGCUGCUCUGAUCUCGCAGUUUCAUUCCACUAUGUUGAUUCUAUGACUAUGUAUCACUUGGAGUAUUUGAUUUAUCAUCUCCGUCCAUAUGGGUAUUUGUAUCGGUACAAUCCUGAUUCUGCAAAGAAUCUGGAAGAGCAGAACAAAAAGGAAGCACUGGAAGAUAAUCGAAAUCUAAAGCAAAAAAUUUCUGAGAAUUAAUUGGGCCUUGAAGAGAACUAAAAGAAGCCAGUAUGGUGAGCAAGAAUGUCCUUGAAAUCCUGCAUCCAGCUUGGACAGAAGACCAGAAUUACUCGUGGUGAUUCUUAUAUCCAAAAUCUUACGUUGGCAGUAUUUCCUGUCAAUGUCUGUAUACAGCAGGGUCUAGUGCUGGCUCUGACUAUUUGCAGCCCUACUCAUGAAGAUUUGGGCCCUAAAGCUGUGAAAUGGGAGGUUGUUCUGUUACAUUAGUACCUGGAAGAAGUUGUAUUAGAAAUGUGGUGGACAGAUUCAAAGAUAAUCAUACAGUAUUUCUAUUCCUUUUCUGUUCCUUUCUUUGUUUCCUUCCAGAUGUUCUGUUAGGUCAGUUCUAAUAUUAGAAAUUUGAUGCUGCACAGUGAAAUACUUCAUGAUGAUUUUAUAUAAUAUUGUCAGUAACUUGAAGUUAUGUUAAAUAUCUUGCCCUAUAAGGAAGGGGUAGGGAUGAAAAUAGAGCCUGAAAUCUGUUUGCCUUAAAGACAGACUAGUUAACGUAAGUAGACGGAGGUCCACCCAAAUGAGGUAAUCUGAAUUGUUUCACAAAUGAAAUUCAUUGCUAUGAAUUCAUUUUUAAACUUUUUACUAAAACUGCCUAUUUUACAGAACAACAUGAAGUCAAAUCACCUCAGUUUUAGGGAGAAAUCCAGGAAUGUUUAAAUUUCUGAGGUGAUGUGAGGAGCUUACAUAUUUGCCUGUGGCAGUGCUUUUUUUUUUUUUUUUUCUCCUGCAGUAUGUCAGCUUAUCGAUUGAUUGAUUAGAUAUAAAAAUUCAUCUCAGAACUUCUCAGAAAAAGAUAAAGCGGAUGGUUUUUCAAAUGUAAGUCUUUCUCUUAUCACAUCUUCCAUGCAACCAAAAAAAUUUAGUAUCUUAGCAAAGUUACGCUGGCACAUAAUGAAGUGGUUUCACCCAGUAUUAUGAUUAGUUUAUUUCUAUUUAAUUUUCACAUUACUGUAUAUUGAGAUUGUGGAGUUAGCUUGUUCAUAAAACUGUACAGGCACAAACAAGUCCUGUUUUAAAACUGCAGC